UUCUCUCUCAAGCAGGGUUGGCUGGGCCGUACGUUCCAUGAGUGGGGGUUCCCACGGGCAUUAUUGCCAGAAUAGAAACCCUAAGCCAUGGCGCAUGCCCACUGCAGUGAGCAUCUCUUGGGCACGGGAGAGGAGGUCUAUCACCCUCUUCUUCUCCCCCGGCUUAGCUUGUCUCUUCUUCUUACUCAUGGAUUUGGUCUCUCCCACUGAGCAACUGUGCUACGUGCGUUGCACCUACUGCAACACUGUUCUUGCGGUUGGAGUUCCAUGCAAGCGGAUGAUGGAUACAAUUACUGUGAAAUGUGGUCACUGCAACCAUCUCUCCUUUCUCGGCCCCAGACCCAUUGUGCAGUCCCUUACUCCCACUAAUCAUCAUCUCAUAGGCCUUCAGGGUCCUUGCACUGACUGCCUGAGAGGACAACCUUCACCACCAUCAUCAUCAACUUCAAUUGAGCAAAUGAUCCAAAGCCCACAAUUUGUCAUGAAACCUCCCGAGAAGAAGCACAGAAUGCCUUCUGCUUAUAAUCGCUUCAUGAAGGAGGAAAUACAACGAAUCAAGGCAGCUAAACCUGAUAUUCCUCACAGGGAAGCAUUUAGCAUGGCUGCAAAGAAUUGGGCUAAGUGUGAUCCUCGUUGCUCGUCGACUAUUGUUUCGCCUUCUGAUACCAAUGAACUGGCUCCCGUUCCAGAUUCGGAAAGAAGCAGUUGCUCUAGAAUGGAAAGCUCAAGUGUUUGCAAGCAAUUGGAAAAGAAGGAUUAGGUUCCGAAACAACAUAUGGAGCUCUUCCUCUUUCCUAGUGAUGCAAUUAUGGUGUUAAUUUUUGUUGGAUCUUGUCUUAGAUCUCUCUAUAGUGAAACAUCUUUAAAUCUGUACUAUUUCCCAGUUAUGAUCCAUGUGUCCUAUGGAUGCACUGCAGAUGAAGAGGAAGUGAUCCAUACAUGUUGCUCAGAUGUAUGAAUUGCUAAGAUUUAAACCCAA